UGUACGUCGAAGGCUGUGUCAUCGUCUCGUGCUCAACUCAACGGCAGAAACAAUAGACAGCCUACAAAACGGACUUAGCAAGGCUCGUCCGGUGAUCCGGACAUAUAUGAAGUCUGCCGUCUUAGGUCAUUGAUCGCUCCAGCAUCAUUUGUAGCUCCUAGCGUCUCGUCAGCAACUUUCCAAGUCUUUCCAUUGCAAUCGGAGAAAGCACGAUGGCAGCCUCUCUCUUGCUGAGAAACGGCACGGUACUGCUACACGACGAGAACGACCACGUCAAGCCUACCGUUACCGACGUGCUAGUUCAGGGUAAUCUGAUCAAAUCGAUAGGAACGGACCUGCCAUCCAGCGGCGUCGAAAUCAUCGACUGCACUAACAAGAUCGUGAGCCCUGGCUUCGUCGACACCCACCAUCAUGUCUGGCAGUCGCAGCUGCGAGGCCGUCACGCCGACGAGACUUUGAUUCAAUACCUGCCUACAGGCAAUUUCACCUCAUCGCUUUAUACAGCGCAAGAUAUGGCUUGGGGACAGCUCGGCGGCUGCCUGGAGAUGUUAAACUGCGGGACCACAACCGUGAUUGACUUUGCGCAUCUGAACUACUCGCCAGACAAUAACUGGGCUGCGAUCGCCGCAACAGUCUCCUCUGGCAUUCGUUCAAAUUACGGCUACUGUCCGAACCCGCGCCUGGCAUCGUGGGAACCGUUUACGGUGAACCCCAACGGUCUGGCAGGCCAUGCAAUGCCGACGCUCUACGAGUUAGCCAAAGCGUCUCCUUGGGCUAACGGAAGAGUCACACUUGGCUUCGCCUUUGAUGGCUGGCCAUACCUGCCAGCAGAGUAUCUCGAUAAGCUUAUGUCUCAGCUGCGAGAUCUAAACGUCUCGGUACUACAGUUUCACUAUACACCGAGCAUGUUCCCGGGCAGCACCAACAUUCCGCAAUUCCUGGAGGACAAGAACUACCUAGACAGUCGGUGGCUGGUCGCUCAUGCGAACGAUAUGCCAACAGAGAACGUUGAUCUAUUUCGCAAGCGAGGCGUACACUUGUCCACUACUCCGUCCACAGAGCUACAAAUGGGGAUGGGUCUGCCUGUGCCGGCGUUUCGGGACGAUUAUGGAUGUCCAGUAGAUAUCUGCUCGCUUGGUGUGGACUGCCAUAGUGCUGCGUGCGCGUACCUGCCAGGAGAAGCCAGACUGGCGUUGCAAAGCGCCCGAGCUGCUCGUCACAACCGCUUCACAGCACAAAGCAAAGUCGCACUCUCGGUCAAGUACACCGUCGAGGAAGCUUUCAACCAGGCCACCAUUCGCGGAGCUCGCGCCGCGAAGAUGGGAAAUAGAAUUGGGAGCAUUGCAGAGGGGAACUUGGCUGACCUGGUCAUCUUCAACACCGAAACGCCUUCCAUGGUCUGCGCGGCGGCCCACGAUCCCGUGGCAGCGAUCAUCCUGCACAGCAGCCCUGCGGACAUUGACUGCGUCAUCGUGGAUGGCAUUGUGCGCAAAGAGUGCGGCAGAUUAGUUUCUGUCCAUGUGUCACCUGAAGAUGCGAAGUGGUUCGGUGACAACACUGAAUUGACGUGGAAGGAAGUCUCCAAGCAGCUGCUCAGCAGCCGGGCAGCUCUGCAGAAGAAGGUGGACGGAUUACACAUGAAGAAGGCAGAGAAAGGUGUAAUGGAGGCGUUCCAUCUCAACGAUGCGAAUUACGCCGACGUAGUUUGAGGCCAUCACUAGCAUUUUA